AUGUGCCUCGGAAGCUGCAUGGUGCCGAAAGUCGCAGGGUCUCACCAAGAUCAGCACUUGGCUCCAGUGAGGAACAGAAUCCUGCGGCACGGCGACACAAGCGGAUUUGCAGGGCCUUCGAGGAGUGAUGGAGCUGAGUGGCUCUUGAGCCUGCCUCCGGCUUUUAGCCAGGCAGCCGAGGCAGUCGGUUCCCAAGGUGUAUCGAGGAACCAGAUCCUUGUGAUCGAGUGCCUCCAGAAGCACAACGGUAAGAACCUGAUGAAUGCUGGCUUGAUGCUGGAUCGUGUUCGACAGCUCAUUCAGAACUUCACCUCCACGGAGAUGUUGAAGCGCCCAUCCCCAGACGGAUGGAGGCCGCAGGACGGCGAGCUGGUGUACUAUGCCAGCUGCCUCGACCUCUUGGUGGGCAUUGCCGAGGGGCGUAGCAAUAACUUGAUCAACAAGCCUUUUGUGUCCGACAUCUUCUCCUCGAUCCACGCCUUGGCACUCCUCAACAAGGCGAGUGGAACAACGACUGUAGGAACCUGA